GCUAGGAUCGUCCGACUCCUCAAAACACAGAGGCGUCUCGUGGGCUUCCAGAUGAGGCAGGCCAUGCUGGACUUCAACACGGGGAUGGGUGUCCUGGACGCCGUAGCCGUGUCGUCCGGGGUGACCAUGCUGCGGCUCGGUCUGGAGGACUUUUUUGGUGACGACAUCGUCCUCAACGUGCCUUCCAUGCCGGAGAGGUUCACCCGGUGCAUCAUGAACUUUCCCCACCUCAACGAUCUGACCAUCAACUACGAAUACCUCACAGACAACCUACUCAACUGGUUGACGCAGAUGGGAAAGGUAUCCUGGACUGGGUUGAGGGCUGGAAGAUGGGAUAAAGGGGGGGAGGGGUCGGGUGCUAUAGGUUAGAAACUAGAUGGUGGGGGCUUGGGGGUGGGAUUGAGAACUGGAGGGUGGGGUAGAGGACAGGGGUAGGAAUUGAAAACGCACAAGCGCAAUAAAGAUUCGUGAAAUACCAUUACUGCUAAACAUCUCAUACGAAUAAUUAAGGCGCAAUGGCAACUUUUUUUUUACCUCCACAAAGUAAAUUAUUCAUAUUUCAACACGCUGGUUUAAAACAACCAAAAAAUCUUAUUUCAGGGGAAAAUAAAAUUUCCAUUGACUCAAUACCUAGAUAGUUUUCUGCUUCACUUCCAAACUUGGUAAACUGUGUCUGUCAUUUGGUCUACAGGAGAGGACCGUCCAUCUAAAUGUCGUGUCAUGGCUGACCAAUAUCCCCGUCCCCAUCGUCACCAGGCAUGCGUGGAGUAACAUGGCCAGGUUUUCAGAUGUCAGAGUGUACUUGAUUCUCCAGAACAUUCGAAGCAUAAGGUUUGUCAAAGCAUUAAUUUAGCUUUAAUAGUCUUACAGUCGGGCCAAUACUGCUCUUGAUAAAGUUCCGUUGUUAGUGAGUUCAAUGCUGUACUUUCAAAUAAUAUCAGGAGAAUUUCUCAUACGGGAAACGUUAUGUCAUUUCAAUGUCUCAAACGUCUGUCUACAAGUCUACAGGGAGGUGACAGACUGAUCGUUAUGUCAUUUCAAUGUCUUCAACGUUUGUCUACAGGGAGGUGACAGAUGCCAUCCUGCUGCCUGAAAUCCCCAUGCACAGGUUGGAUUUGGUGGGCAUAGCUGCCCUGGGCACAGAGAACGUGCAGGACAUGAUCGCCAUGUUGCACCAUGUGGG